GAACCGGGGGCGACGGUGUAGCCGGGGCGCAGUGCUGGGCAGGGGAAGCUGGGCACCGGGGCAGGAGGGAGGCGGCCCCGGCGCCGCGGGCAGGGCCCCGCCGGGGGAGGCGGAGCAGGCGCACGGAGCAAUCGGAGCGGGGCGCAGAAGAUGCACCAGGCGGGGAGGCGGCUCCGCGCUCGGGCCGGGGCGCGCUGGGUCUGACCCCGCCAUGGUGCCCGCGAUCCCGGCUGCCGCAGCCCCCAGCAACAGCCAUGCUCGGCGAGGGGGCGCUGCCCGGCCCGCCCGCCGCGGGGGACCCGCACCGGGAGGAGCAGCGCCCCCUCAAGCAGUCCCUGAGCAGCUCCCUGUGGCGGGAGUCACACUGGCGGUGCCUCCUGCUCACCUUGCUGAUGUACGGUUGCUUUGGUGCCGUGGCCUGGUGCCACCUGUCCAGCGUCACCCGCCUGGCCUUUGAUGGAGCAGCCCGGGGAACCUCCACUGUCUAUCACGCCAGCCCCUGCUCCGAUGGCUAUCUCUACAUCCCGCUGGCCUUCCUGGCCAUGCUUUACCUGCUCUACCUGGUAGAAUGCUGGCACUGCUCUGCCCAGGCCCGGCGCCAGCCCCGGGCCAGCACGGCCAGCGUGCACCAGCUGGUGCAGCGCAUGCAGCAGGCAGCGCCUUGCGUGUGGUGGAAGGCGGUGAGCUACCACUACGUCCGCCGGACGCGCCAGGUGACCCGCUAUCGCAAUGGCGAUGCCUACACCACCACCCAGGUGUACCACGAGCGGGUCAACACCCACGUGGCUGAGAGCCACUUUGACUACGCGGCCCACGGCGUGCGCGACGUCUCCAAGGAGUUGCUGGGCCUGGCUGAGCAUCCGGCCACGCGCCUGCGCUUCACCAAGUGCUUCAGCUUCGCCAGCGCUCGGGCCGAGGCUGCCUACCUGGCACAGCGGGCACGCUUCUUCGGACAGAACGAGGGGCUGGACGACUACCUGGAGGCACGAGAGGGCAUGCGGCUGCAGGAUGUCAACUUCCAGGAGCAGCUGAUGGUCUUCCCUGAGCCAGGGCGCCCUCCCUGGUUCGCCCGGCGCUGGGCCUUCUGGGCAGCCUCGCUGGCGCUUCUGUCCUGGCCGCUGCGGGUGCUGGCCGGGUACCGCACGGCCAACGUGCACUACCAUGUGGAGAAGCUCUUCGGUACCGAGGACGGGCCCGGCUCCCUGGAGCCCCCUGGCUACGGCCGCCCCAUCCCACGCGUGGCCACGGUGGACAUGACGGAGCUGGAGUGGCACAUCUGCUCCAACCGCCAGCUGGUGCCCAGCUACUCAGAGGCGGUGCUGAUGGAUGCGGUCAUGGCAGGCGGGGCUUACCUACGGGGCUGGCAGCGCUGCCGUCGCACGCUGAGCAGCAACUCGCUCCCCUCUUGCGGCACCCGGGCCCUCUACGCCCGCCUGCCCUUCAGCCGCAGCCGCUUCUCGCUGGGCCGCGGCAUCUUCCGCAGCCUGAGCGGGGGCGGGGCAGAGAGGCAGCCCCUGGGGAAUCCACCCUGCUACCACGACGCCCUCUACUUUCCCGUGAUCAUCAUGCGCAGUGGGGAGACGUGCCCCCCACAGGGCACCCCGGGCACAGCGGCUGGGACGCCUCUAUGAACUCAGUGCACGGCCAGGAACGUGGAUGGGUGCCAGGAGACAGGAGGAGAGCAAUGCAGCUACCCCUGGGGAACAACUGAACCCCCUGCCCUGCCCCGGGGACCCCAGUGCUCGUGGCACACAGGCCCUGGCUGAGGUAGAACUAGGGGAGCUACUUCGCAGCAAAACCAGUGUGUGCAUUCAGCUCUCCAGGUGUAGAUCCAGUCACCCACUGAGGGCUACGGGGUCAGGGCUGGAUUCUGAUCUCAGCUCCUGUGCGUGGAAUUGGAUUCCAGAGGUUAGACUGAGCCCAGGGCUGGGACAGGGACAUUGACAGGCCUGUGCAAAGGGGGAGCCUAGGGCAGGGGGCAGCCUUCCCCAGAUAUGCCAGAUGUGCAGGAGGGUAUGGAGCUUCCUUUGGAGGUGACUGGGGCUGCCCUAAAUCCCUGAUAGUUGGAGGACCUUGAUACUGUGGGUUCGGUGCCUCACCCCUCCCUCCCCGAGGCUGUGACCCCCAUGGCAGAGUGAGGCUGGGGGAUAGUUUAAUUUCCUCUCAAACCUCCCCCGCAGGGUAUCUAUUCUGCCCUGGCACCCCUCUCUCCCUGAGGCUGUGCCAAGGGGCUGGUGGUUAAAUGGUGCAUGCCCAGGGAGGCCUGGCUGGAGCGAGCGUGACAGUGAAUAAAGGGACACAAACCCA